AUGGCAGAGGAGCUCGCUCCGGAUGGGUCGGGCGAAGCGCCCACCCAGCAGGCCUCGCUCACCUUUUUCGACUACGGUUGCUGCGUGCCGUCUUGGCAGGGGCUAUGGAUGCUGAUUGUCGUGCUUUUGCUGAUGAUUGCCGCGUGUGGCUUUUGCAUCGGCCUCAACGUCUGUCUCAGCGUGUACUACACUCGGCGGUCCGCGCAGCGCGAGGAGCAACUGGAGAAGAAGGCUGAGCGUGAAAAGGAGCCCGACACCGACCCGAAGGUGGUGGCCGCCACAGUAUACCACAUGUCAAACAUUUCUCCAUCUCCAAGGAUAGCGAAGCAAAACAGACGCGGCUCGCUUUCGGAAGUUAGCUGUGAUCCAGAUGAGGCAACGGUGAUGGAACGCGGAUCCGGGAAGCGUGCUCCUCGUAUCGACCGCGGCGAUGACAUCGAAACCCGAACAUUCACCGAAGAGAUGAGCCAAGAGGAGUCGCGCCUCUUCUCUUCGCAGCGAAGCCCCGAAUUUAGGAGCAUGAGGAUUACUGAGCCGAUGUACACACGGGACACACCAUUUUGGACGAACCCUCAGAUGAGAUCCGCCGAACGUCACAACCAACGCCCCGCCCGCCCCAUUAUUUAUGACCCUCCAAGCACCUCGACCACAGCCCAGACAAGCACCACUCGCUCAUCGGAACCCACCCGAAAAUCUGAUGGAUGCCAAGCCGCUUACGUCCAGGGCUACGCACACCGCCCGAUGCACCAUCGUCCCUCG